CGAGGCUGGAACUCACGAACCGUGAGAUCAUGACCUGAGCUGAAGCUGGACGCUCAACCGACUGAGCCACUCAGGCGCCCCUUAGCAGGUAGCUUUCUUAAAAGAAAUUGUGCAUCAGGAUUAUCUGCUCCAUUGAUCUUACCAUGAUGUGUUCACUCCUAAAGUUUAAUUUUUCAAAUUCAGCAAAAGCCAGCCGGGCACAGUAGCCCUCACCUCCUUUACCAGGUGAAGGAGUUGUGGGGUUAUUUCGGUCUCUUAAGGUAGGUUCCCACAGGGAUGAUGGGAUGUACCUGGGUUCAAUCAGGGCCACCCUUAGUCCCCAACAGUUGUCCUCUGGGGAGGUGACUCGGGUCUCUUCUCUCAGAAGAAGGGGCGGGGCCUGGCCAUCACAGUGCCUUUCCAAGCAACAAGGCUGGGGAAAAUGGAGCAUUCUCUCUCUGUGAGCCGGUUUGAGGCCCCAGACCCAGCAGCUCACACCCGGGAGGCUCUCACAGGCACCAGCGUCAUGGCCCCCGGGAGGGCUUGCUGGAACACAGCCUCCAACUCGGACCAUAGCUGGGGAGUUGGCAUUUCUGACAGGUUCCCAGGAGGUGCUGCGCCUGCCGGUCUGGACCCACACUAGAGAAGCACUGCUGUAGACCGUCUACAGCCCCCCACCACACACCUCCUUGCCUUCUGAUAUUAGACAUGUCUUCAUAAGAAUUCUAAUGACCGCUAGCUUGUAUCAGCUGUUGGCCCUGUGAGGCACUGUGCUGGGGUCUUCCCACGUGUUCACGCAUUUAAUCCCCCCGCACCCCAUGCAGCAGGAGCUGUUCCAUUGUGCGGUGGGGAAGAUCACCCCCUGGGGAGUUGAGGCCCCACAUUGGGGAGCGUGUGACUUAUCCUUAGUCCAGUCGCUCUUCCUCUUAAUCGGCCCAGUUGGGUUUUCCUGACCCUGGCCCAUACCGCAGUCUCAGAAAAUGUGGAGAAGCCAGGGGGUGGCCCUGUUCCCCCAGGGUCGAGAUCGGAGAUCAGAGGGGGACCGGUGUGUGACGUGACAUUGUGGACAAGUGGGGCACAGUCGGCUUGUGACCCCUAAGAUGGGACCCCUCCAGCGUUUGCCAGAUGACCCAUGAAGACUGUCCACUGGCUCCCAAGUACUGUGAGCAGCGCUUUCUCACCUGUGCGGUUGCACGGUGGCAGCCUCACCACAGGGACAACUCGGCAACCACCCGACGGUGACCCGCUGCCCAACACACUGGCGUGCGGGAAUGUCUGGAAGUCGGGCCCCGUGGCCCACAGACGCCAGGCAGGGGACACUGUGGUCCAUGCCUCUGCCAGCCAGCCACCCCGCCAAAAGCCAGGGCCACAUGAGGUGGGACAGACUCCCUCCUCACUGCUUUAUAGGGGCUCGAUCAGCCACCACGGAGCAGGUCCCCAGGGGAGGGGCUGCUGGGGACAAGGAGAGGUGUGUGCGAACCUUGCUGCUUCCCUCCUCCCUGCCAUCUUCGCUCCCACCCAGGCUCUUGCUGCACAGCUUCCCGACUGUACUCCCUUCCCAGGCCCCCAAAACUGCCUCAACACACUGAGAACAUCUGCCCCGUUUCCCCCAAAUGCAGCUUCUCUCCUAGGACCCACCUUUCCUCCUCCAAAAUCCCUCUUCUCACCCCUUCCAGCACCUUCCCUCCCUAGGGACUCCUCUUCCCCUUCUCUUCCCUCUCAGCACCCCUCCCCCGUUCUUAUAGCAGGGAUCCGUGUCCUGCCCUCCCCUUGGCCAGCUCUGUACCCAUCCCCCUCAGAGCUCCUCCCUGGCCAUGGCCUUUCCCCAUUGCUCUGUCCCGCAGGCCCUGUCUGGCCCAUGGGCCCGGAACACCUUAAGGACAGGGAACUUUUGAAGUCUAACUUGGACCCCCUUCGGACCUCAGAUCUAAGAUUGGCCUGGGCCUCCCCUUGCACCACACUUGUUAUCUGCUUCCCUCUUCCAGCCCUGCCCUUCCCAGGCCCUGACCCUUUCAACACUUCCCCCCAACACCUACCCCCUUCCUGCACACAGGGGCUGAGUGAAUACUAGCACAUACUGUGGGUACCAUUUCGUAAAGUAGGAACUGAAACUACCCCCAUUUUGCAGAUGAGGAAACCGAGGCUCAGACCUCAAAGCCCAGUUGGUGGCGGUGCAGGAAGUUAGAGCAUGGGGCCUGUGCUCUUAAUUACGGGGCUCUGCUGGUGCAGUGGACCAUCUGAGGAAGGCGGCUGGAGGAACAGGCAGGCGGCAGAGCCUCUGGAAGCAGAAGAAGGUGAAGACCAGCCUAGACCUUGGCAGAGUUGGAAAACAUCACCAUGCAUGCAAUCUAUGCAACUUCCUCAAGAAAACAUGCUGAUUUCUUAGUUCUUACAGCCACAUCCCCUGAACAACAAGUGGUUUCCUGCCUCCAUCCCAUCAAGGUCACUGCAGUUACCU